GCUCAGAACCGGACGCGGGCGCGGUCCCGGGCAGCCGGAGGCCGGAGAUGGCCCCGUCCGGGCCUGAAGGCGUGUGGGCGAAGAAGAUCCUCAGCGGCGUCAUUCGCAGCGUGAAGAAGGAAGGAGAAUGGAAGGUGCUGAUCAUGGACCACCCCAGCAUGCGCAUCCUCUCAUCGUGCUGCAAGAUGUCCAACAUCCUGGCCGAAGGCAUCACGAUCGUGGAAGAUAUAAAUAAGCGCCGGGAGCCAAUCCCCAGCCUGGAGGCCAUCUAUCUGCUCAGCCCUGUGGAGAAGUCGGUGCAGGCUCUGAUCAAUGACUUCCGGGGCACCCCCACCUUCACCUACAAGGCGGCUCACGUCUUCUUCAUGGACACCUGUCCUGAGCCUCUGUUCAACGAGCUGAGCAAGUCACGGAUCACCAAGGCCAUCAAAACCCUCAAGGAGAUCAAUGUGGCCUUCCUGCCCUACGAGAGCCAGGUAUAUUCCCUGGACAAGCCACAGACCUUCCACAACUGCUUCAGCCACUACCGCUCCUUGGACAAGAACAAGCAGAUGGAGAUGCUGGCAGAGCAGAUUGCCACAUUGUGUGAAACCCUGAAGGAGUAUCCAGCCAUCCGCUAUAGGAAGGAUCAUGAAGAUAACUUCCACCUGGCGCAUGCUGUGCUGGCCAAACUCAACGCAUUCAAGGCAGACAACCCGAGCAUGGGAGAGGGCCCCGACAAAGCCCGCUCUCAGCUGCUGAUUGUGGACCGGAGCUUCGACCUGGUGUCCCCACUGCUGCACGAGCUCACCUUCCAGGCCAUGGCCUAUGACCUGCUCAGCAUCGAGAACGACACCUACAAGUACGAGACAACGGGCAUCAGCGACUCGCGGGAGAAAGUGGCACUGCUGGACGAAGACGACGAACUCUGGGUGCAGCUGCGCCACAUGCACAUUGCUGACGUCUCCAAGAAGGUGACGGAGCUGCUGCGCACUUUCUGUGAGAGCAAGAGGCUGACCACGGACAAGGCCAACAUCAAGGACCUGUCCCAGAUCCUGAAGAAGAUGCCCCAGUACCAGAAAGAGCUGAACAAGUACUCCACACACCUGAACCUGGCUGAGCACUGCAUGCGGCACUUCAAAGGGACGGUGGAGAAGCUGUGCAGCGUGGAGCAGGACCUGGCUAUGGGGACGGACGUGGACGGGGAGAAGAUCAAAGACCCCAUGAAGAUUAUCGUGCCCGUCCUGCUGGACCCCAGCGUCCAGGCCUACGACAAGAUCCGCAUCAUCCUGCUCUACAUCUUCCUGAAGAACGGUGUGGGCGAGGAAAACCUCACCAAGCUGAUCCAGCAUGCCAACAUCCAGCAGCAGAGCAACAUCAUCCACAACAUGCAGCUCCUGGGCACCUCCCUCACGCCUGGGAGCGGGCAGCUGCAACCCGAGAGGAAGCUGCGACUGGAGUCCACCUACCAGCUUUCCCGCUGGACCCCCAGGCUCAAAGACGUCAUGGAGGACACCAUUGAGGACAAAUUGGACAAGAAGCUGUGGCCCUUCGUUUCGGACCCAGUCCCUGCCGCCAGCUCCCAGGCUGUUGUCAGCGCCCGCUUCGGGCAUUGGCACAAGAACAAGCCAGCGGCUGAGUACCGGACAGGCCCGCGCCUCAUCAUCUAUGUGCUGGGUGGGGUGUCCAUGUCUGAGAUGCGCUGUGCCUAUGAAGUGACCCAGGCCACCGAGGGCAAGUGGGAGGUGGUGAUCGGUUCCAGUCACAUCCUGACCCCCAAGGGCUUCCUGGAUGACGUCCAAGCCCUCGACCAGGCAGCCCCCGUGGAGGCCUAAAGCAGCCCCCUCCCCCCAGAGACUCUGUCCCCCACAGCUCGCUGCCUCCAGCUCCACCUGCUCUUCUCAACAAGGCACCUUCCUUCCAUA